CCCCCGGCAACCACGGCCGUAGCCCUCCGCCCCUGCAUAAAAAAAGACGCGAGCCGGCAUCGCACUUCGCUCCAUCCACCACCAAACCCUCAUUUCACCCAGCACCUACCACGGUCAAGCAGCCACGCCAGCCAGAGCGCGCUGCACCCCCACCUCGCCGCCGAGCAAGCACCCAGCGCACGAGCCGGCCCGGCCAUGGAGGUGGAGGCGUUCCCGAUCGGGUUCACGAGGGGCGUGCGCGCGCACUGGCGCCGGCGCAAGUACCAGCGCCUGGAGGCCGGCGAGGGCGGCGGCAGCAGGCCCCAGGGCACGCAGCGCCUCGGCGGGGCGCGGCGAGUCGGGUGGCGCGUGCGGCUGCGCGGGCUUCUCGUCCGGCGAGCGCGGGCCGUCCGCGCGAUCGUGAUGGCGCCGCGGCGGCUGCUGGCGCGCGCGCGGGACGCGUACGUGGGCGGCAUGCUGGCCGUGGCCCGGAAGGCGUCGGCCACGGCGCUGCCCGGCGGCGGGCCCGAGGGGAUCUGGGCCAGGCGCGUGCCGCGGCGGAAGCAGCUGCCCUCGGCGACGGCGGCGCGGACGUCCGAGUUCGAGCAGCGGCUGGUCAUGGAGAUCUACAAGUCCAUCGUCGCGUCCAAGGAGCUCACCACCAUGCUCCACUCCUCCACCGCGCACCUGCAGCCGCCGCCCGCGCGCGCCUAGCUGCCUAGGCUGUUGCAACCGGCAUCCGGACGGAAGCUGGGAUUUUUAAUCUUGCAGCUGUCAAUCAGCACAGCUGCAUGUAUGUGCGUCAUGUUGGUCGAUCGAUCGGAAGAGAGGUUUUUCAAGAUGAUCGUGUGCUCUCUUUCACCAGUUGCUGCUACAAAAAUUAACAAAAUUGACAUAUGGAUGAAAAUAUUUCAUAAACUGAACUGUGUUUAAAAAAAAUUCACUCAGCUAACCUUUUUGUGUAGCCUAGGCACUGGUAACAGAAUGUGCAGCGCCUAACGGCUAAGCGCUGCAUAUUACAUGUUUGCCACGUAGAUGUGAGGCGCUGCACGGCCGGGUGUGGGUCCGGCAUGGCCCAGGUAUGCUGUGCUAGCCAGAUGUGUAGCGUCUGAGAGGCAGGCGCUGCACAGUGUAGUGUGGUGCUUGUCUGUCGGGCUCUACACCAAUGGGUCAGCUGGAUGAAAUUUUUUGGCGACAAUUCAUUUUGCGAAUUUGUUUUGUUGACAAGUAGAUUUAUCAUUUUGCCAGUUUCCACUAGGUGUCGUUGUCAUGGUAAACUUUUCCACGGCUGCGUUCAUAACAAUCUCAUUCUGUAUGACAUGGAAAACUUGGAUGUU